UUCGCAUAUCGUCACUUUCGUCGAAGAUGAAGAGAUCAAGUUCUAGGAGCCCAAGUUACCACCGGGAACAAGCUUCCACGGAAACCUUGGAACCGUCCAUGUCCUGGACGCCCGUGAAUCCCGGUCGCGACCGAUCGACCAAGGUCAGUCUGAGGGCUCCAGCAACAAUCUUGAUCCCUCUUCUGGCGGGUUUGGGCAUCGCACUUGGACACCACUUCAUGGGCACGGAACUGGACGGGAGACCUGUGUUCAGCGCCGCCUUAUCACAAGCAUGGAUCUCGAGGUUUGGAAUUGCAUUGGCUAUCCUUGUGAAGUUGACUCUCGCGACCAGCGUGGGGGCAUCGUAUACACAGCGGCAAUGGCAAAGGUUUCGGGAACAUAGCUUCAGAAUGAGCGAGAUAGACGCCAUGACCAGUGUUCUGGCGAACGCUUUCAGUUUCUUGAGCAGCACGGUGUGGGCGAGACACCCUAUGCUUGCGGUCAUGGCAAUGGUAUCGUGGGGCAUACCGCUGGCAGCCAUUGUCACCCCUGGUUCUUUAACGGUCUCCCCUCAAAGUUUCAACGAAACGGUAAACACGCGAGUUCGUCAGAUUGACUUCAAUUACACCAAUUUCGGCACAUUUACUGGCGACGACGGCGCCAUUCUUUUGGGCCAUCCUAGGAUAUACAGUCUGGCAUACCGCACCGCAUCAACCGGGAGACUGCUCUCGUUAGCCUCACCCAUGGACAUCGCAAACAUCAGCUACCACCUCGACUUCAACGGGCCCGCCAUAAAAUGCGCGUCAGCCAACGAAACCUACAUCAACGACCUCACCUACCGCUACGGCGUCACAUCCUACGACCAGGAUGGAACCCUGUUCCUCUCCUGGGCCCACCAAGGCCUCACCGCCGCCAGCGCCUCAUCAAGGUCAACAGCGACCCUAGACACAAAAUCCAAAGACGGAGCGCGCCUAUACAUCAUGACAAACGAAGGCACAUGGAGCGUCACACGCCGGUACAACGUCUCAACAUCCUCAACAGCAGCAAACACACGCUACCGCCAAGUCAACGUCACCGAAUGCGUGCUCUUCAACGCAACCUACAGCGUCGACUACAACUUCACCUACCCCUCCCAAAACAUCAGCGCCUCCGUCUCCAACUGGCUACACCCCGUGUCUAUGAUGUCCCGCGGCGAGACCAACGGGUCCGGCAAACAACGAAACGUCACCGCCAAUCACAUAAUGUCCUACGGCAUGGUGAUGGACGCGUUCGGCCAGAUGCUGCUGGGCGAGGCGAGGCGCACCCGGGACAACACGCAAAGGGUCACGAGCACCAUUUGGAAACUCGUCGACAUCGAUUGGAAGGACAGCAGCGCGGUGACGCGCGGUCUGGAGGGGCUGUUCCAGAAUAUUACGUUGAGUCUUGCGAGUGACGAUGCUUUGAUAAAAAACGGCACGGCGUCCGAGUUCGUGCCCGUCAUGAUUAACAGCUGGCCGAUCACGUACAAAUACGCAGCGUCGGAACUACUCGUGCCGUACGGGAUAGCGUUUGUCUGCGCGUUGAUAUGCUCGGUCGUCGGGAUGCGGGCGGUCUGGGUCAACAACGCGAGCUACCAGAACCUCUUUUCGUCGUACAUUAGGGCGACUGGGAACUUGGUGGAUGGAGGGUCGCAGGCGGGGGGUGGUGGUGAUGCUGGGGCGGACCCGUUGCCGAAGGCGAUUGCGAGGUCGCAGAUUGCGCUUGGGAGCCGGAGGGAGAUGAGGGAAAAAGAGGGGUUGCAAUGGGGUGGGCCAGAGGAUGCGACAGAGAGGGAUAUUGGCAGUACGAGAUCGGAGGAUCAUACAGAUUUAUGGUCACAGACUAGGAGAUAUCGAGUCCUAGAAGGCAAAGGGAGGUCCUGA